UUUCUCAAUCGAAAUGCGACUGUGUCUCUCUUCAGGUUGCACGGGAAAAAUAAAUAAUAAAAAAAAAAGAAAAUAAGAAAAACUGGACCAAAAUCGAUGACCUUUACGUAGAUUCUCCAAGCUUCAAGAGCUCUAGGGUUUCAAUCUCACAAAGGAAAAAUAUUAAGAAAGGUGCAGCACCAUAAACUUCUCAGCUUCACCAUUACUACCUAUAUUUCCUUUCCUUCUUCAAUUUUUUAGCUUUCCAUGACUUAAAUGAAGAAUUGAAUAAUGCCUGCUAAAUCUGAAAAUGAAAAUCAUCGGUUAGAACAGACUACACAGACUGUGUUGCAAUCAGCCAUAUACUCUCAACCUUGGUGGCGAGGAGUUGGGAAUAGUCUUAACUUUGGUGAAACUGCAUCAAAAUCAUCUUCAGCUAAGAACUUGAAUGGUUCUCAACCUGAUGGAGCCAUCCAGUCCCAAGCUAAUUCUGGCUUAGAUAAUGGAGCCAACACCAAUAAAGAUGUGCAGAUCAGCGUUGCAUCACAACCUGAUGGAAGUAAUGGACUAGAGCAUCACCUCAAACAGGUUGCAUCAUCAACACCUGCUAGUAUGGACACACACCUUGAACCAAAUUCCCAAAUGGAACUUGUCGGCCACUCAAUUGUUUUGACGUCAUAUCCAUAUUCGGAUCCACAAUAUGGCGGGAUGUUAGCUUCUUAUGCACCACAAGUGGUGGUACCUUCUCAGUUAUAUGGGAUGCAUCAUGCUAGAAUCCCUUUGCCCCUUGAAAUGGAAGAAGAACCUGUUUUUGUCAACGCAAAGCAAUUUCAUGGUAUUUUGAGGCGAAGACAGGCACGCGCAAAGGCUGAGCUAGAAAAGAAAGCAAUAAAAGUCAGAAAGCCAUACCUUCAUGAGUCCAGACACCAACAUGCUAUGAGAAGGGCAAGGGGUUGUGGAGGCCGUUUUCUUAGUAAUAAGAAGUCUGAAAGUAGUUCUUCAAAUCCUGCAUCAGACGAAGAUGGGAGUUCAGGUGCUAAUCCUUCAAGACAACCUGUCCUCUUCUCAGGCUCCGAAUGGUUGCCCAAAAAUGGGACUGGAGAUUUGGAUUCCUCCAGUUGUCAGCAAGAAGGAAAAGGGUCCACUGCUCAGGAAAUGCAAGCAUGCGUCUCCUCCAAUGGUAAUGCCCAUGGACUUUCAUCAAUGUAUCAUCCACCAUCAAGUGAUGGCUUGACUGGUGGCUUCUUGGUUCUGCAGAGGGAAACCACACACAGAAAUGGGGUCUCAAAUGGUGUCCUGCCCAUUAACUGACUUUCCACCUCAGGUUGUAGGGGCCCCUCCAGCAAUUUUUGCAGAGGCAAAGCUGGAGAUAAUCAUCAUACUCAACUUGGGGUUCAUAUCUCUCUGUGUAGUGUUUCCUUCCAGGCAAUUCAUUCUUGGCUUUGAAUACUUGGUGCAUUUUCAUAGGUGACGAAGAUACAGUGAUCGCGGAAACUGAAACUUGGGGUCUUUAUGCUGUCUUCAUUCUUAAACGAGUUCGGUCUCACUUCCAUUCACCUUUUCUGUAAAAAAACUGAAACUUGUAUAUCUACGCUGUAGGAAGUAGUGGGAACUAUAGACAGUUAGUUUAUAUUUGGACUAAUAUCAAGUGUGACAGCAUAUUGGUUCAUGACGAAAGGGUUACCUGCUGUUGUACCCUAUCAUCUCAACAAUGUUAAGAGUUUAGUUGGAAAUGGUGGUGCUUUUUCUUCUUUUUGUCACUUCCCUCAGAAUAAUGUUUUAAGAAUUGUUUCAUCUCCA